GCGUUUUAUUUAUUUCAAGAGCAAAAGGAAAAGCAACAAAUAUUACAAGCAAAAAUUUGUGGUUUAAAAAGUGCUUCAUUAUUUAAUAAUUUGUUGAAAUAGCUUUUAUACUAAGUUAAAAAAAAAAUGCUUGACUUAGAAAUUGUACCAGAGAUAUCCUUGGGAUGUGAAGCCUGGGAGUUUGUUUUGGGAAUGCAUUUUUCACAAGCUAUUGCCAUUAUACAAUCACAGGUUGGAAUCAUUAAGGGCGUGCAAGUGCUCUAUUCUGAAACAGAUCCAUUAGGCGUUGAUGUUAUAAUUAAUCUUCCUCAAGAUGGACUACGCUUGAUAUUUGAUCCAGUUGUGCAACGUCUAAAAACAAUAGAGGUGUUUAACAUGAAAUUGGUUAAGCUUAAGUAUGGCGGUGUUUAUUUCAACUCACCUGAAGUCUUACCUUCAAUCGAGCAAAUUGAACACUCUUUUGGUGCUACACAUCCUGGUGUAUAUGAUGCUGCUAAACAAUUGUUUGCCCUACAUUUUCGUGGGUUAAGUUUCUAUUUUCCAGUUGAUAGCAAAUUACAUGCAGGAUAUGCUCAUGGAUUGGGUUCGCUUGUGUUUCUUAGCGGUGCUUCACCAGUUGUGUCCAAAAUGUCAUUAUAUGCAGGCAGUAACGUUGCAGAAACUCGGCCACCACCUCUGCCGCUUGCAUGUUACCAUCGCCAAAUGUAUUUGGACUCUGCAGUAGUAUUACGCUCUGUGCUUGGAAGUACUAAAGGUCUAAAACUUAAGCUUUUUACUGAAGGGUCCGGACGUGCGCUGGAACCUCGACGACAAUGUUUCACUAAGGAAGUGCUCUUCGGAGAUAGCUGCCAAGAUGUGGCUAUGAACUUAGGUGCACCAAAUCGCAUAUUUUUCAAAAGUGAAGAUAAAAUGAAAAUACAUUCCUCAAAUGUAAAUCGUCAAGCACAAAGUAAGCGCAGUGAUAUAUUCUUCAAUUACUUUACACUUGGUAUAGAUGUUCUGUUCGACGCACGCACACAGCAAUGCAAAAAAUUCAUACUACACACUAAUUAUCCUGGACAUUUCAAUUUCAAUAUGUACCACCGCUGUGAGUUCCAAUUUCAAUUAUAUGCCGAACGUGCUUUAGAUUCCAACACAAAAAUGUGUACUGACUCCCCAGAUUGCGUGAACAUUACAGCAUAUUCUAAAUGGGAUGAAAUCAGUAGUGCCCUAGCUCCAUCUGAGAGACCCGUUGUGCUACAUCGCGUAGGCUCUACAAAUACUGCAAAUCCAUUCGGAUCUACAUUCUGCUAUGGUUAUCAGGACAUAAUUUUCGAAGUAAUGGGAAAUAAUCAUGUUGCCUCUGUUACUCUUUACUCCACAGCGCCCACCAGGCAGCCAGAACAGUUGUGGCAACAGCAUAAAAUGCAAGAUAUUCGUUUGACUGUUGCUUGAGGAAACCUCGAUGGCGUCAUUUAUGUUGUUUAGCGUUUUGUCGUUUAAUUGCGUAACAUUAUGUAACUACUAUAUAUAUAUGAGAAUAUUGGCGGGAAGUCGCACUUAUGUAACGACAUUCGCCUCAAUAUAUCUGUAGAAUUUAUUAUACUUAAGUGUGUUAUAUAUAAUCAAAAAAUAUAUUUUCAAUAAUAUUUUA